CACCUCUAAGUUCUCCACUCUUGCCAGUUAGUACAGUUCUUAUGUCCAAGCAGAGAAAUUCUAUUCGCACAAGCUAACACAUGAAAGUACCAGUUUUGUGUUAGACGGUGUAAUAAAAUCAAGGAAAAGUGGUCGAGAUUAUGAGUAGGGUUGAGUGUGGCAAUUGGCCAAUUCCUUGUUCUAGAUGGCCUGUCAAGCUCUUUUUCCAUGCUGCAGUUUCUUUCCCUUUUCCAGGCAAGCAGCGGUACUAGCAUUAUCAAACGCUCCUAGGCCGAGCCUGCCUGUAUAAAUAGGGGACUGGACAUGCUUUCCUGUAAUGUUUGUUCCUUUAGAGAGUCUCUGUGACUAAUUACAUGUUGAUGCUGUUUCUGUGACGAUCUUGGGCCCCAAUUUGUUGUUUCAAGAGGAGAAAUUCGAGAAAGAAAAAUCUAGUGGAAUUUGGGUACCUGAAAUAAAGAUCCAAUCUUUGCAGUACUGGCCGAAAUAAAAGUCCGAUCUUUCAGUCAGAAUCGUAUUCCACCCCGCGCAGCGUGAAACCCGAAGUCAAUCCGAUAGUCAAACGGCAAAAUCCCACAAGGGAGACACCGGCGAUCGUGCUCUGGGAGGACUCCGAUAAUCGUUGACCUGUAAUCUAUUCGCAGGUGGGCGGGCCGGAGGGAGGAGGAGAUGGACGGAGAGCAGGCGGCGCAGUGGGCGGCGGCGCAGUGGGGCGUCGCGGUAGGCGCGGACCUCGUCCCGGCGGCGCUGCAGCAGCUGGAGUUCCUGGCGGCGGUGGACCGCCGCCGGUGGCUCUACGAAGGCCCGCUGCUCGACCGGGCCACACACAGGUACAAAGCAUGCUGGCUUCCCCUUCUUGCCAAGCACACUCAGGCUGCUGUUGUAGAUGGGUCUUUGGUUGUCCCCCUUGAUUGUGAGUGGAUAUGGCACUGCCAUCGGCUUAACCCGACUCAGUACAUACGAGACUGCAAGAAAAUUUAUGGUAGAAUACUGAACAAUGACUGUGUUGAGUCGUCCACCCGAACGAAAUCGACGCUUCAGUCGGAGAAAGUUUGGACAGAGUUGUAUCCUGAGGAGCCCUUCGAAUUGGAGUACAUAAGUUCUGCUGACAUUGCCAUUGAUGUGAACCCUGGAUCUGCAGAGAGCAUUUCCUAUGAUCUGGUCUCAGCUGUAAAGAGACAAUCUUCUUUCUAUUAUCAGGUUGGAACAGCAACCAUGCAUGAUCAGCGUUUUCUUGAAGAAGCGUUAGCUCGAUACAAGGGGUUUUUGUAUCUGAUCAAGAUGAAUCAAGAGAAAGGAAUGCAGCGCUUCCGUGUACCAACCUACGAUGUGGAUCUCAUGUGGCACACUCACCAGCUGCAUCCUGUUACCUACUGCAAUGACAUGUUGAAGCUUCUUGGAAGAGUUCUGGAGCAUGAUGACACCGACGCUGAUCGAUCUGAAGGAAAGAAGCUUGAUGUUGGAUUUACGGAGACUACUGAACAGUUUGAGAGUACCUUUGGUGUCAGGUACUGGAAGGUUGGCGCUAUGUACCGUGGCAACUCGCCAUCUCCUGUGGCAUCCACACCUCAGAUAUUUAGUAGUGAGGCUGGUAAUGGGUUUGACAUCUGCAAAGCUGAGAAGCAUCUAAAUGUUCUUGAAGCAACAGUUGUAGAGUUAUAUUUACAAAUUGUGGACAUCAAGAAUUUGCCAUCUACAAUCCCAAAGGAAACUGUGCAUGUAUGGUUCACCAAGAAUCAACGAGAUAAGUUCAUCAGUGACGGCGGCAGGUUGGAUAUUUCAGCAAAUACAGGGAAGAAUAUCGGAGCUGGUUUUCAAUGUGAACCUACCGGAGAACUCGUUCUGACACUAGUUGUUGAUCAGGCCAAGAAAUCAGAACCAAUAGGGAAGGUUUCUAUACCUCUGCAGGAAUUGGCAGGUCCUGACUCAAAGCUCUCCUUCGAGAGGUGGUUUGAACUGAAAGCUCAUGGUGGGCGUGCCGCUUCCCCUCCCAUUAGUCUUCGUGUUGCCGCUUCUGCUACUGUCCCAAGUAGGGCUCAGCAGGUGCUUAGCAUGAUCAGGAGGGAGCCUUUCUCUCUGAAGACAUGUCUGUUGCCAACUUCCAUCAAGGAUCAAAAAAUGGGCAGCUGGAUCCGUUUCAUGUAUCAUUACGGCACCGAGCUUAUCCGGCUUCAGAUAAGAGAGCACAAGGCAAAAAACGGCAUGGCUUCCAUCCGGGAAUUGGUCGGAGUAUCAAAGUCAUCAAAGAAGCAUUUUCAGCUAGCAGAAUUCAAGGAAAACAAGUGGACAGUGACAGACUCCAACAUAUCAAUCGCUAAUGACAUCAAACCAUGCAACGAUGUCGAUGGUUGUAUAUUCCAACUCAAAGGUGACAACAAACUGAUCAAACUCUACCGGGGAAAGAGGCUCGAGUACGAACCCAGAUGCUGCAACCAUCAUUCCCAGGAUGCUUCGGUUGUCACUGCUGUGAAGUUCUGUGCUGAACACCCGUAUGGCAAAGCUGUUGCAUUGCUCGACACCGAGUCUCAGUUGAUCAUGGUGAAUGAGGAUUGGUUUCUUCUUCCUUGGAUCGCGAUAUCCUUCCUGUACAUGGACGCUGACGAUGAAGACUGCGCGAGGCUCACUGCAGGCACCAUGGUUCAGAAGGAUGUAGUGUCUAGGACUGACACUACCAUGGUGUCAGAAGCAGUGACGAUUGGAGCAGCGGGCGCAGCCACCGCUCCUGCAAAAUGCGGCACUUGUGGCACGGCGUGCUGCGGUGACACGGUCAUGGCAAGCGACAAGGCUGGCCAUGCUAGCUGUGGCACUUGCAGUGCAGUCGUCACGAGCGGCGGGAAUGGGCAUGCCGAGUCAGAUGGGUGCGGCGGCGGAUGCAGUGGCAGCUCUGGCGCCAUGGUCAAUGCGACCUCCAAGGUCGAGCAUGUCAAGGCCGUUGGCUGUGGCAGCGGCUGCGGUGGCGGCAACUGUGGUGUCAUGGUCGUUGAAGACUCCAAGGGCGGCAAUGUCUAGUCUAGAGGCUGUGGUUCAGGCUGUGGCGGCGGCUGUGGUGCCAUGGUCAUCGAAGGGUCCAAGGGCGGCACUGCCAAGUCCAGAGGCUGUGGUUCAGGGUGCGGAGGCGGCGGCGGCUGUGGCUCCAUGUUCAAGGCGAGCACCCUGGCUGGCCAGGCCAAGUCCGGCGGGUGAGGUUCAGGCUGCGGCGCCAUGGUCGUUGAAGGCUCAAAAACCAGCUAGGCCAAGUCGAGCGGCUGCGGCUCGGGCUGUGGCGGUGGCUGCGACGCCGUGUUCAACGCCAGCACUACGGCCGGCCAGAGCCAGGGCAAGUCGGGUGGCUGUGGAGCAGGCGGUUGUGGUGGCAUGGUCAUCGAAGGCUCCAAGGCCAGCCACGUCAAGUCCGGAGGCUGCGGUGGCGGCUGCGGCGGUGGGGGCGGCUGUUGCGCCAUGUUCAACGCGAGCACCACCGCUGGCGGCCAGGGCCAGACCAAGUCCAGCGGCUGCGGCUCAGGCUGUGGCGGGGACUGCGGCAGCGGCGCCGUCUCUUCAACGCGUGAUCCAAGCAGCCGUGGCGGACGCUUGAGCCAACCGGUGGUGAGUGGCGGUUAAUUGCCGGCGACAGCUCAGCCGCUCAGCCAACUACGGCGCUCGCCGUUGUCAGAGGUGAAGUGAGCUCCCGAGAACAAAGAGAACGAUGUGACAUUGGCAUGCGUUGAGGAUUGUAGGCUCUUGAGAUUGUAAGCAAGUGAUGAAUGAACGAAUAAACAAAGGGUUAUCCUGUUACUCAUAUGACCAUAUAGUAGGCCGAGAGGAAGCAUAUUGAGGGGAUAUAGUGUUAAAGAGAAGAUUAUUUGGUUCGUUGUACCUGUUUGAACAAGCUGAGUUGAGUUUCUGUUUAGUUGAUUGAAUCUGAAAUCACAUGAGCGGA